AUGCCCAACGGUUGCUGCGGCGGUGGCAGUAAUUACUCCGUGUGCUGCUACAGCAGCCCCAAGACCUGCAAGAGGCCCAUGUGCUGCUCCAUGCAGUGCUGCACCCCCUGCUGCAGCCCCUGCUGCACCCCCUGCUGCACCCCCUGCUGCAUGCCCAUGCAGUCCUGCUGCAUGCCCAUGUCCUGCUGCUACACCAUCAGCAGCAACAACAGCAGCGGCUGCUGCGGCGGCAGCGGCGGCGGCUUGUUGGGAUUCUCCUGCCUCCGAGGUGUUCCCUAA